AUGUCCACUCCCAACAGCAACAUCAACAACAACAACAACGACAUGAAUGUCGACUUCGAGGGUGGUAUUCCAUCCAACAACAUUCCCGGUCUCAUGCCUGAAUGGGCACCUCUCAACGAGGGAGAACAACAACAACAAAUCGAGUUGCUCCAACAGCAACUUGAACAGCAAUUGUUGCUCCAACAACAACAACAGCAACACGUUUUGCAGCAGCAGCAGCAACUUGAAGCAUUGCAGCAGCAGCAGCAACAACAACAGCAAGCCUUGCAACAACAACAACAGCAGGCCUUGCAACAACAGCAACAACAGCAAGCUUUGCAGCAGCAACAGCAACAAGCUUUGCAGCAGCAACAACCACAAGCUUUGCAGCAGCAGCAAGCACAACAACAGGGUCCACAAACAAUCCCUACCCAAAAGGAAACGGAGGCCCUGGCUCAGAAAAUGAAAACACGGGCCGAUGUGCUUUAUGCUGAGGCUUUCCAGCUCAUGGCACAAGACGCUGACCAAGUGUUGGUGGAUGCAGCCAUGACCCAGUACGAAAAGUACUUGGGCACCAUGCGUAAGCAGGUGGCUCUUUUGAGGGUGAAAUUCCCCAAUAGUGAUGUCCUUAACGAGAUUUUGGACCAGGGCUCUGACAAACAAACGUCACGAGAUGAUGUGUCAUCCCAACCAUCCCGAUUGACGAGAUCAUCAGUGGAUGUGCAACCUCGCGGUAUUAAAGACAGCGACCUGCCGAUGUUCAACAUUGGUAACCAGCCUAAUGGCGCUAAACGGGGCAAAAAUAAUAAGCUCUAUGACUCUGCCAAAGAAUGGCUCACAAACUUUGAGAUUUGUGUUCGUCACGAGGACAUUGAAAGCAAGUGGGGAGAUUGGUUGUCAUAUAGCAUGGAUGAUUCUCAAAUUCAGCAGCUGAGAGGGGAGCUGGAUCAAAUUGAGGUACCAGCAGGCCGUAAUCGGCAUACUUGGGAACAGGUUCGCGAGACGAUCCUUAAUACCUUUGACACACCAGUACAAAAGCGUCAAAGAAGACGUGCCCUUUUGAAGUGUAAGCAGCAGAUGGGCGAGUCCCUCAAAUCCUUUGUUCGUCGCUUUAGAACAGUGUUGCAUGGCUCUGAAGAGCAGCCUGAGGAUAAUCCUUUGCUCGUGGAUAUCUUCUUAAUGAACAUGCACAUAGCUGACAGAACGACUGCUGAAGCUUACUUGUCCAUGAAAGGAGAAUGGCCCAACAAUGUGGUCAAGACCUUUAAUGACAUUGAAGGCCUCAACGUGCUUGAAAAAGAGUUUGGUGGUAAUAACAACAAGCGCAAAUUGCUCGAGCAGCAAACAAGCCGCGUUGUACGUGCUAAGGCUUCUUUGGACAACGAGGAAGAAGAACCCACACCAUGCUGGCAUUGUGCAAAACACGGCGUCACGGUGGACUUCGACACCAAUCACAAAUGUCCCUACUACAAGAAGAAGAAGCCAUCCCACUUCAACAACAAGCCUGCCUCUCACAAAGGCAAUAACAAUCAAUACUCUGGCUCAUCAUCUCGCCACAACAACAAUGGCCACAAUGGUCAACGUUAUCAACGUUCGGCCAAACGUAUCGUCAACAAGGCUAAUAAGGCAGCCAAGCGUGGCAAUAAGGCAACUAAAGCCCAUCACCAACGCAACGCCUACAGCCAAGCGGUAAUGGAUCAGGAUGCCGUUAUCGAUGCCGAACGUAAGGCUUUGCAACAAUCCUCUGGUCGUGUGGCACGUAAUGCUUUUUACUCGCACGAUCAUGAUGAAGAAUUGACGCCGGCUUCCGAAAGCCAAUUGUAUGGUGAUAACGAUGAAGAUGGCAUGCCCUCAGAAGAUGAACACAUGGACGAAGCCUCUCAAUGUAAGCAUGCCAGAAUGGCAAACAAACACAAUCCUCACAUCAGUGACGAAAUACUCAUACCCAUCACUCUCCAGAAUCAACAAGUGCUCGCAUUACUUGAUAGUGGUGCAACAUUUUCUUCUAUUGACGUGAACUUUUGUGAUCGCAUGAACUGGGGAAUAAACAAAGCAGAGGGCGAGAUCCAUCUAGCUGAUAAUAAUCAUGUUGUAAAACGUAUGGGUAUCACUGAUAGGCUAAAAGUACGAUACAAUAAGCGUGAAAGAAUGCACGAGUUUGAAGUGAUGCACUUAGCUAGAGGUCAUGCCGUAAGCAUUGGCACCGAUCUCAUGCCUCAUUUCGGUAUUGGAUACACUGGUCUUGUAAGCACAUGGGACGACGUUGAGCAUGAGCAAGAAAAGGAAGAAGAAAAACCUUUGCCUACUCCAAACGCGUCACCCGCUGGCACUAAAACAGAACAUGCUGCAUUCCUUGAAACACUGCAACCCCUACUUGCAGCCAAUAAGGCCAUUCCACCUAAUGCAUUUUGCACGCUCCCACAGGCUGUCGUACAUCUCGACACACCUCAAAAUCAAACCGUCUAUAGACCCCAAUAUGCCAUAGCUCACGCACAUCGCCCACUGGUUCACGAAACCAUCACCAAAUGGUUAGCGGAUGGCAUUAUCAAGGAGUCUCCUCCGGACGUUCGGGGCAAGUGGAACAAUCCACUCACAUUAGCUCCAAAGAAAGAUGAAAAAGGCAAUAAGACCAAGUUUCGUUUAUGCUUGGAUCCAAGGGCAUUGAAUCAACUUUUACCCGAUGAUUGGUUUUACAUUCCUCAUAUUGACGAGAUCUUUGAGAAGAUUGGCCAGGCCAAUGUAUUCACAACGUUGGAUUUAACACAAGCCUUUCAUCGUUUGCCCAUUUAUAAACCAGAUCAGGUCAAAACAUCGUUCACAAACAUUGUGGAUGGGCGCUCAUACUGUUUCGUUUCCAUGCCAUUCGGCAUCAAAAGCACCAGCAGUAAAUUUCAGCGGUGCAUGAACGUGCUUCUCAACGGCUUACCCUUUGCGGCAGCCUAUGUAGAUGAUGUUGUAAUCUUCUCCAAAAACUUGGACGAGCACACCCAUCAUGUGGCUGAUAUUAUACAACGUCUUACCACUGUCAAUUUAGCACUUAAUGUGGACAAAUGUUCAUUCGGUAUGCGAUCAGUACAUUUACUCGGAUUUUGCAUUUCCGAAGGAGGUCGCAAAUCACUCGAUCCUCGUAAAGUGGCUAACACCCAACAAUGGCCCAGACCACAAACAGGCAAAGACAUCGAGCGAUUCCUCGGAGUCGUUAAUUACUUUCGUACACACAUUCCCAAAGCGGCUUUGCUAACAAGCCCACUCGAUGCCUUACGCAAAACACCUGAUUUGCAAAAAGUGUGGAAGACAUGUCAUGAACACGCUUUUCAAAACAUUAAGAAGGCGUUAAGACAUGCUCCAGUGCUGUAUCAACCAGACUUUCGUAGACCAUUCCUUGUAGCCACUGACGCCUCUAAUUCAGGUAUCGGAGCUGUACUUUAUCAGCUUGAUGAUAAUGGCAACAAACGCCAUAUCUCCUUUAUGGCUCGUUCAUUGAAACCAGCCGAGAAAAACUAUGGCAUUACCAAAAAGGAACUACUUGCAGUCAUCUUCGCAUUGAACCGCUUCCACAUUUACUUAUGGGGCAACAAGUUUCGCCUUUACACGGACCACAAAGCAUUGGUAUACUUGCAUACACAAAAAGAACUCAACCCAAUGCUUGUCAAAUGGCUCGAUCGUAUCUUGGAUUACAACUUUGAAAUCAUCCACCUACGUGGCAUUGAUAAUAUUCUACCCGAUCACCUAUCUCGCCUUUUUCCCGAUGAUCAACGGCUGGGGGAGGGUAAUAACAAGGAUCGGCUAAAGCAUAAUGCAAAAAACAAAGAUGAUGCCACUCCAACGAUCGCAGCUCGUGCCGCACAGAUACAAAAUGACACAAUCGAACCAGCAGCAGAAGAUCGCCUACAAUUAAUUCAUGAAUCACACCUUCUCGGACACUUUGGAGCCGAAGCAAUCGUUAAAGAUCUGCAUAAACAAGGUUUUCAUUGGGCAAAUAUGAAAAAAGAUGCUAUACGUGUCACUAAAUCCUGCCCUCCAUGCCAAAGAUUCACUAUUGUACGCCAUGGAUAUAAUCCUCUUCGUCCUAUCGACUCAACUAUACCUGGCGAUCAUUGGUCAAUUGAUCUUGCAGGACCAUUACAAGAAACACCAAGAGGAAACAAAUACCUUUUGAUCAUGGUCGAUGUCUGCACACGAUUCUGCUUGCUGAAACCAAUUCCGGAUAACACUGCUACUACCAUUGUCAAACAACUUGUUGACGCCUUCACCACUUUUGGUAUACCUCGUAUAGUACAAAGUGACAAUGGACCGGAAUUCUCAAACGAACUCAUGGAUCUCUUCGCGCAAACAGCCGGAUUCGAUCACCGGUUAAUAACACCAUAUCAUCCACAAGCGAACGGUAGUGCCGAAAGAUGGGUACAAACAGCCGUAUCAGGCUUGAAGAAGCUAAUGGAAGGCGCCAUUGAGGACUGGGACCUAUACGUACCAGCAACACAGUUAUCACUCAACGUGAAAGUGUCCGAGAGACAUAACACGCGCCCAUUCGCUUUAAUGUUUGCACGCAACCUGAAUGCGUUUACCGAUUACAGACAAGACGGUAUAAAACGUUCCAUGAGUGCUGAAGAAAUGUCAAAAGUCGCGAAGCUGAUGGAGGAAGUUGUCUUUCCGGCAAUAAACGAGCGCACACGAAAGGUGAACAACGCCAGAAAAGAAAAAUUCGACAAGUCAAAUAAGAUUGUGGAGUUUCAACCAGGCGAUCCCGUGAUGAUUCGCAUACACCCAAGCAAAAAGCAGGGCAAGCUCGAUGCUAAUUACGAAGGCCCAUAUAUCGUUGAACGUAAAACGAAGGGUGGAUCAUACCGAUUAAAGGACCUGGAUGAUGCAAUUGAGAAAAGGGAUUACACACCCCACGAACUCAAGCUGGCAGCAAUUCCCUUAGAAGAAUUACAAGAGAAACGUUACGUAGUCGAUCGCAUUAUUGAUCACAAGACCGACAAAAGACACAAACAUCUUUACCGUGUAAGAUGGAAAGGUUACCCACCAAAUGAGGACACUUGGGAACCAGCAACUCACUUUGACGAUGUUGGCACAAUCGUUAAAUAUUGGCGUCACUUGAAAAAGAAUCCUCCAAGUAACUUACAAAAACGUAAACAUGACAACAUGGCACAGAGACCACCGAGCAAGCGUGUGGCGACUCGCAAGUCAUAA